UUAUACAGACAUGUCGAGAGCACGUAGAUAUGGAGUGGUUGGAAUUAUUUGUCUCAUUAUUAUGUCAGUGUUGGGAAUGUAUCUUGACAACGUGGAGAUCUCACAAACUAACUUGAUCACGUUCUCUAAACAUGAUAAACCACGUCGUAGCAUAGCUACAAUGCACCUGCCAUCAAGCUGUGGACCAACGCAUCCAAAUCAUACAACCGUUUCUCUCGUAUCAAUUGUUCGUGGAUCCGAGACAAUUCCAUGGUCACCUAAGACUGAGGAUGCGACGGGACAGACAGUUGUGGUAGGGGACAAACUGAAGUUUAGUUUAGAGGCUCGAGAUGUCAUGGGACGGCUAAAGAUACUCGGUGGAGACUACUGGUUUGCCAUCAUGGAGGAUCUAAAUAAAAACGCAUCUACUGUCGGGCGAAUAGUUGACCAUGAGAAUGGUCUAUACACCUUACUCUUUGUUGCUGGAUGGAGUGGGAUGAUUAGACUUCGUAUCACACUUGUUCAUCCCGCUGAAUUAGCCAAGUGGAUCAGAACUGAAUACCUCCAUAGCAUGAGAGCUCCCAGCUGGUCAGGACUGUUCAAAUUUGGAGAGCACGAAGAACGAUCACCGUGUUCCCUCAGCCUCGACGCCGUUUGGAGUGAGAAGUGUGUAGCCAAGCCUAAAGCUCUACAGUACGCCAUCAUAGUAUGCAAUCCACCAAAGACCCUUCCAUGCGAUACACUAGUGAGCCUUAAUGGAAUUCCAUCUCUCUACACACAAGACUUCAAGAAACGUUUACCAUCAGCCCGCAAGAAAUUUCUUCAGAGACCAUAUUACUAUACAGCCAUCACAAACGUUCCAAGUGAUAUUUUUGUUACUGCGGAUGACUCAAAGAGACAGCACCUUCUUUCUGAUGGAACGUCUUAUCUACCGCGCUGUGAACCAGGAAUGGACACGCCUUUGACAGAAGGAUACUGGUGGAACAGGACUUGGUUCUCUUUAACUUGUGGUCCUCGUGUCUCUUUGAACAAGGCCAAUGUACAUCAUUGUCUUCACGAUACCAACAUCUACUUCACCGGUGAUUCGACCACAAGGCAAUGGUUUGCCGCCAUCACCGAGGCCCUAGGGUUAGGACAACCCGAGGAUCAUGAAAGGGCUUUUCUGCUGCAGAGACGUGAUAAGGCAGCAAAUCUAAACCUUACAUUUAUCUUUCAUCCUCUUACGGCCCAUCCCCAGCAGGUCUUUGUCAAUCUCUCGACGGUCAAGUUUGAAGCUGAUGUUAUCCUCGAGUUGCCACGUCAUACCUGUAGGAAUGUUGUCGUGUUCAGUCCAUGGGCACACUUCUCUAUCUGGCAGUGGGAGGCUUACACGGACUGGUUGAAGGGCAUCAGGGCAGCCAUUUUGGUUGCCAAGCAAAGAUGUCCGGAUCUCCUUUUUGUUUAUAAGAGUCCACAUCCCGUAGACAAGUGGUCGGUGUUCCCUGCGAGAGACGUUGUCUUUAAUGAGAUGAGAGCACUUGUCAGGGAUAUUUUUGAAGGUCUUGGUGUAAUCUUCGUUGAUAUAUGGGAUAUAAACCUAGGAAGUCCAUGGCCUAUUACAUUACAUAUGCCCAGUGACGUCAUUGAUCAGGAAGUUUCUGUAUUGUUGUCUUACUUGUGUCCGUUGCUACAGAGCAGGGACAAGAAAAAAACAACGGUAUAGAGAUAAACAGUUUACAUCAGAGGGUGAUGUGUAGGAUGAAACAUUUAGUCACAAACAAAUUUGAAAAUCGUCUCAAUGUGAUUGUUUAGCAUGUAAAGGCAGAGGCCUAUGCUUCUAUCAAUAAUUAAGCGCUUAAAUGAUGUUCAGUCCUUACAUUACAAUGUGCUAAAUCCCUUUUUAUUUUCCUCUGUCUUAGUCCCUCCUUCUCUCUCUCGUUUGUUACAUGCUAUUGUAAUACCCCAAUCAGCCAUGAUCAUAAUGCUAUAUCGAAACCAGUUAAAUGUGAAGGGACUAUGAUGCAUUACUAGUAUCAAAAUGCAAAUCACAUCAAGAGGAUCGAUAAUAGCCAAACGUGCCUUAACUUUUUGAAUAAUAGAAAAGGCGAUUAUUCCCCUUCUUUCCAUAACUCCUUUGACUCUUAUUUCUUCAAUAUUAUUGUUCAAUGUGCCUUAAAACUCUGCCCAAUGUAUUUAUGAUAUAUAUUGUGCCUUUCUCAGGCAGAUCCAGGUUGUGGGCUUAGGGGGCACGGGCCUCCAGCCCCUGGUAAAAAAAAAAUUAGAAAAAAA